AUGCUGACCAACAAGUCAAGGAAAAUGCUCAAAGAUGCAUUCAGACGACUCAUAACAUCCCAGUCACAGAAAGAAGCGUACAGUGAUCCGAAGAUAGUUCGGCCAGAACCUGGAGAAAAAAUCGCAAGGCAGGGGAAUGUCUACUCACGGGAAGGAGCACAAGUACAACCUGCAAUCUGUGGCCAUGCUAUGCCCAGGGGAAGAAUGAUUCGAGACUCGAAUAGACUCUUAACUAGUCUUGAAGAUGAACAAAACCCAUUUGGGAUGAAGAAGCUGGUCACUGAUAACAACACAGAUAGUAACAGAGCAUCAAUCAGUCUAGCAUAUAAGAUCCACUGUAGAGAGGAGCCAAGCGGGGUCUCUGAUGCCAAAAACAAAACCCCGAAUAACCAUGCGAAACACAAGAUUAAUUGGCACGUGCAAAAAAGGGCAAGCGACAUUCUCACCCAGUCAAGGGGAGACACUCCCCAAGGUCACAACACAUAUUGGGCCAAGGAACAGAGGAAGUGCGAGCACCAACAAAGCAUGGAAGAUGAAAUUCAUCUCUUUCACACCCAGUAA